GGAAUGAAGCCAUUUCCUUUUGGCUGGACGAAGCUCGGAUUCAACGGAAGCCGACCCGUUGAUGCGCAGAGCUCGCUCUAUAUUCUUAGUUUUCAUCCUGUCGAUGUCGAAAUUCUUGAAUUGAACAAAACGAUAAUCUUAAAACGCCUUUGAUUCGGACUGUUCCGGUGCUUAACAAUUAUGAGUGCUCAGUCGCCGGAAGACGAUAGAAACCAGGAAGAGAGCCGUCUACUAGAGCCCCAAAAUGAGUCUCAGCCAUCUUCAUUGGACGGCCAAGAGGUCGCAUAUGAAGCAGGGGAGAAGAUCCUUGUCUUCAAUCUAGACUCCUUUGACGAGGAUUCAGCGACCGGGCCGUCUUUCUCGUGGAAAAAACUGUGGCUAUUCACUGGUCCUGGAUUCUUGAUGAGCAUAGCUUUUCUGGAUCCAGGAAAUCUCGAAGGGGAUCUACAAGCUGGGGCCAUUGCCGGCUACUCCCUGCUCUGGCUACUAAUGUGGGCCACUAUUAUGGGUUUACUUAUACAGCUUUUAUCAGCCAGGAUUGGGGUGGCUACGGGUCGGGACCUGGCAGAAUUGUGCAAGGAGGAAUAUCCCAAAUGGGCUCGGCUGGUGCUCUGGCUCAUGGCGGAGAUUGCCUUGAUUGGUGCUGAUAUUCAGGAGGUCAUUGGCAGUGCAAUCGCCAUCCAAAUUCUUAGCCACGGCGUAUUGCCGCUCUGGGCCGGAGUCUUAAUUACUGCUUCGGAUUGUUUCAUCCUUCUAUUUCUUGAGAACUAUGGAGUGAGGAAGUUGGAAGCUGCUUUUGCAGUUCUAAUUGCAACUAUGGCUCUUUCUUUUGCCUGGAUGUUUGGUGACACAAAACCCAGUGGACACGAACUUUUGAUGGGUAUUUUGGUUCCGAGACUUAGCUCCAAGACAAUUCGCCAAGCUGUAGGGGUUGUGGGUUGUGUCAUAAUGCCUCACAAUGUAUUCCUUCAUUCUGCUUUGGUUCAAUCGAGGAAGAUUGAUCCCUUGAAUAAAGGCCGAGUGCAGGAGGCUCUCAAGUAUUAUUCCAUUGAGUCAUCCGCUGCACUUUUAGUCUCUUUCAUUAUCAAUCUAUUUGUCACUACGGUUUUUGCUAAGGGGUUUUAUGGUACAAAGCAGGCCAAUAGCAUAGGAUUGGUAAAUUCUGGGCAGUAUCUUCAGGAAAAGUAUGGAGGAGGACUCUUCCCCAUUCUUUAUAUAUGGGGUAUUGGGUUAUUGGCAGCUGGGCAAAGUAGUACAAUCACCGGUACUUAUGCUGGGCAAUUCAUCAUGGGGGGAUUUCUCGACCUUCGUUUAAAGAAAUGGUUGAGGGCAUUGAUCACUAGAAGUUUUGCAAUUGUGCCAACCAUAGUCGUAGCUAUUGUUUUCAAUACCUCAGAGGCCUCAUUGGACAUUUUGAAUGAAUGGCUUAAUGUGCUUCAGUCUAUGCAAAUUCCAUUUGCACUCAUACCUCUCCUCACCUUGGUUUCCAAAGAGCAGGUCAUGGGAACCUUUAGGGUCGGGCCUACUCUGAAGUUUGCUCCUGUACAGUUGCAUAUGUAUUAUUCAUUGUAUAUUUGGUUUCACGGAGUGGUGCUCUUCCUUCAUGUCGGGGUAGUAUACUUCCCAAGGGUCUUCUCUGUUCAGAGAAUUGAGUCAACAAAUUCAUACGUCCUGAAAAUACUCGAAGUAGUGCUGCAAACUCCAGCUUGGCAAUUUUGGAUGAGGAUUCGUGCUUCAAAAGCCACGAAGAAUGUUCGUUCUUACACUAAAUAGCUCUGGCCUUGGUACAUGCAUUAGAGAGGGCAUAAGGUCAGAGAGCGGAAAGCACUUCCAUUUUCUUUAGAUCAUUUUUACACUGUGGUUGCAGUGAAUUAAGGUAUUCUUUUUUCUUUUUCGUUUUCCCACCUCCAGUUGAAGAUGUGGAUCGGGCAUCAUUACAGCUUGCGGGAUUAGUCCCUUCCCUUCCCUAACAAGAAGAGAACUGUACCAUUGUUCUUUGAUGCACAUAAUUAACAUAACUCACAGUUUGUACUUUUCUCUUAAAAAAGAUAAAUAAGAAAUGUGGAAUUAUUUUUCA